CCAAAUUUGGCUGGACAAGAGUUGUUAGUUAUCUCAUACAACAAAUUGCCAGGUAGCCUCAACUUAUUUUAUGUCUAUUUAUAUUCUAUACUUUUCAAUUUCGCAUUGAAUUCUCCAAUUGAGUCUUGUGAAAUGGAUAUAUAAGAUAUAAAACUCAAAUAUGGGUUCAGGGAAGAAGUCGAACUCUGGAGCGUCUAAUGCGACCAUCACACGAAGCUCUUCUAAAACCCAUGUAGCUUCGAAAGCCGCCAUUAAAGCCCAAGAGGCAUUGGCCGUGAUAUUCGCCUUCCGCCUCAUUAAUGCGCUUUGCGUUCGUACAUUUUUCCAACCAGACGAAUAUUUCCAGGCUCUCGAACCAGCAUGGCGUAUGGCAUUUGGGGGGAACAGCGGAGCAUGGCUCACCUGGGAAUGGGAACAUCAACUCCGCUCUUCAGUUCACCCCGCUGUGUUCGCUUUUGGAUACUACGUCGUCCAAAACUUCGGGGGGUCGAAUAUGGCUCCACAGGUCAUGGCCAAAUUGCUCCUUGUAGCACCUAAAGUCCUACAGACUGGAUUUGCUACCUUGAGCGAUUGGUAUUCUUGGAGGUUAGCCGAGAAGUUGUACGGCCGAGGGAGUGCUGCUGCCUGGUCUGUUUUGUUGACGACCUUGCUCAACCCCUGGCAAUGGUAUACUUCAACGAGGACAUUCUCCAAUUGCUUCGAGACCACGCUAACAGCUACGGCUCUCUACUAUUUUCCUUGGAAGCUUCUCGGUACCGAAGAUGAUGGAAUUGCGGAAUCUCAGUAUUCCACUAUUCCAAUUUUCGAAACUUGGAGCCAAAUCAACAGUUUCCGCUUGUCUCUGAUCUUGGCUGCAUUUGCAGUUCUCUUACGACCAACUAAUCUUCUAAUAUGGUUGGCUAUAGGCUCUCUUGCUUUGACAAGGCUCACCCUUGGUGGAAAGUCGCCACUUACUAGAACAAACCUCCUUAUUGCGUAUAGGGAGGUAUUCCUAUGCGGGUCACUUGUUCUAGGUCUGUCUCUGCUAGCUGACCGUCAAUACUAUGGAGAAUGGACAUUCCCUCCUCUCACGUUCCUACAAUUCAACGUAGGAAAGGACCUAGCCGCCUUCUACGGCCAAAAUGACUGGCACUACUAUCUCUCCCAAGGCAUAACCUUGUCCUGUACAACCGUAACCCCUUUCGUGCUUCAGGGCCUCUACAAGUCCUUGGAUGUAGAGAGGUCAGGUUGGUCGGUUACGACCUCCAACACUUUGAAAGCAUUGUCUUUCGUUGUAGCGACCACGAUAGCCUCAUUAUCAUUAGUCUCCCACAAAGAAGUCCGCUUCAUCACACCCCUUAUCCCAGUCUUCCACGUCCUAGCAGCUCCGUACAUCACAUCCUUUUUUACAUCAAUAGCAGACGUCACCGCUACCGUCUCAACCCCAAAUCUAGGGUGGAAGCGAACACCCUUACUAGCAACGGGGCUCCUCGUAAACGCCAUAAUAGGUGGUUACCUCUCUUAUUUCCAUGCCGCGGCUCCUAUCCAAGUGAUGGACUUUCUACGCUCCGAAUUCGAAAGAAUCCACCCUAAGCACCUUAGCCUUACCAACACCAUAACCGAUGACCUGGACUUCGAGCAAGAACUCUUCGCACUCUUCUUAACCCCAUGCCACGCCACACCCUGGCGCUCUCACCUCAUAUACCCCGCGCUCCGCGCACGCGCCCUAACCUGCGAACCACCCAUCGACACCGAGCCACACUCGCUACGUCGCCGGGUGUACAUGGACGAAACGCGACAAUUCUACGUCGACAAAAUCGGGUUCUUGCAAGAACUAUGGCCACGCGAUCGACCUGGUGAGGAUAUGGCGCGGUUUAUCAUUGGAUACGAAGGUAUUAAUUCUACGCUACAUGAAUACUUUGAUUGGUCGGGCCCUGGAGCUAGACAUAAGAUUCAAUUGAAGGAGGUCUGGAGCUCGUGGAAUGGAUUGUUUACGGAUGAUGAUAGGAAGGCGGGACGGUUGGUGGUUUGGGCUACGGAGUUUUAUGAUAAGGCGUAUCCGAUAGAACCGUAGAUGUGAGAUGUGAGCUUGUUGGAGUGUGGGGAGGUGGUGGUUUGGAUGGUGGUAAUGAUGUACCUCAUAAAAAAGUACUUAGCUGAUGGUUGGAAAAAGUAUUCUCAUAUAAUAGCGGAAAUGUAGAAUUAAUUUCUGUCUCAUAC